AUGAAGUUCCAAACAUUCACAAUCGUCUCAGUCCUCCUAGCUGCUACAGCCUACGCAGCACCCGCCACCCACCAUCAAACCACCAACCCAGUUACCAUACUCAUCACAAGAGACUCAAUCAACGACUGCGGCGACUCGACCUUCACAAACGAGUCCACCGGAGGCUCCCCCACCGUUUCUGACUGCCAACAGAUUGCGACCAACAUUGCCGGCGGCGGGACUUGGCAUGUCGAAGGCUAUGGGAUACAGCACCAACUGGUCCAAUACGGCACUUGUGCGUUCGGCGUCACGAACAGUGACAAAGGUUUCAAAAUCGGUAACCAGGAUAUCAUUGACUUGAUCAAUGGUUCUAUUUCGCGGUUCCAGUGGAGUGGCUUAGUAGGUGCUAAGGGUGAGAUGUCUUGCCAGGACGACUUUUCAGUUGAAGAUGAAACCGUUUCCUGGGGUCUUUACCACACUUAG